AUGAACACCAAUGUCUGCGUGGAGCCCGGGCCGAGCCCGGAGGCCCCGGGCUUGCCCAAGGAAAGCCACCUGCCCGAGGGGGCCCUGAACAGCCUUGUGGAUUACAACUCGGAGAUGGAGCGCUACCGCUCCUUUGCCACCUCCUUCUACAAGACCAACGGGGGCGCCUUCCCGCAGGCGGCCAAGAUCGCGCGCAUCACCACCCCCAUCUUCCCCAGCAGCGCCGCCGCAGCCGCGGCCGCCGCGCGCAUCGGCAUGUCCCCCUGGAACUGCGACAACGCGGCCACCGCCGCCGCCGCCACCGCCAUGCUCUGGGGCAGCGGCGGGGGCGGCGGCGGCGGCGGCGGAGGCGGGGGCGGCGGUGGCGGCGGCGGGGGCGGCGGGGGCAGCAGGAAAUCCUCCUCCGCCGCCGCCUCCUCCUCCGCCUCCUCCUCGGCGAUCCUCCCCGCCGGCGGUGGCGGUGGUGGCGGCGGCGGCGGCGGCGGCGGCGGCGGCGGCGGCGGCGGCAGCAGGACCAGCAUGCACCACCGAAACGACUCCCAGAGGCUGGGGAAAGCUGGCUGCCCGCCAGAGCCGUCGUUGCAAAUGGCAAAUACUAAUUUCCUCUCCACCUUAUCCCCCGAACACUGCAGACCUUUGGCGGGGGAAUGCAUGAACAAGCUCAAAUGCGGCGCUGCUGAAGCAGAGAUAAUGAAUCUCCCCGAGCGCGUGGGGACUUUUUCCGCUAUCCCGGCUUUAGGGGGCAUCUCAUUACCUCCAGGGGUCAUCGUCAUGACAGCCCUUCACUCCCCCGCAGCAGCCUCAGCAGCCGUCACAGACAGUGCGUUUCAAAUUGCCAAUCUGGCAGACUGCCCGCAGAAUCAUUCCUCCUCCUCCUCGUCCUCCUCGGGGGGAGCUGGCGGAGCCAACCCGGCCAAGAAGAAGAGGAAAAGGUGUGGGGUCUGCGUGCCCUGCAAGAGGCUCAUCAACUGUGGCGUCUGCAGCAGUUGCAGGAACCGCAAAACGGGACACCAGAUCUGCAAAUUUAGAAAAUGUGAAGAGCUAAAGAAAAAACCUGGCACUUCGCUAGAGAGAACACCUGUUCCCAGCGCUGAAGCAUUCCGAUGGUUCUUUUAAAGCAGUAGUAUAUCUUAUUUUCAAGGCAUUUGGAAGUGAAAGGCAAACUAAAUGUCUUGUUUUAAGAAACUGCUUAGUCCACCACUGAAGAAAAUAUCCAGAUAUUAUUUUCAUUUUAUGUAUAGGGGUUUCUUCAAAAAAAAAAAAAAAAAGGAAAAGAAAAGAAAAAAGACAUAGAAAAAUAAUCUGGGAGCUUGGGGAAUUGGCCAGUCUAUUUACUUUCAAUACCCUGAUUCUUUCUUUGAUGUAAUUUAGCUAUCCUAGUGAAGUUGUUGUCUAUUUUGAAAGUGGCUGUAAAAAAUAAGUUUGGGUAAACCCCUGCUGUAAAAUCAUGUAUCUUUGCAAAGUACAUAUCUAUACUUCAUUUUCAAAUAUAUGUGUUUCAGUACUGUAAACUGUACAGAUAGCAGCUUGUAUUUUGUGUGUUUAGACACAAGGAGACAAUCAUCUCUGAGCAUCUAUGGAGAUUAACAGUUUGUACACAACAGUCUGGUUCUGCGAGUUAAAUCUGGAGCAAUAAAUUUUAGCUUUAAAUAUUUUUUGCCAGUUGUUUCUAGGAGCAGCAACAGCAGUGGCAUGUUUUGCCAUGCAUCUUUCCGUAGAGACUUGAUGCCGAGUUUUAUAAGACUAAAAGAUGAUGAUGCAUCCAGCAAUUACCUUCAGUUGUAUUGUUCUAAGAGGGGAAGAUGUUAGGAAAGUUUCAAUUAAUCUUUUGAGCACUAUAUUAGAGUAGUGGUUAUGCACUUGCAUUGCUUACAAACGAGCUGUACAGAAAGGUAUACCUCCCAAAUCCUUAGUGUAGUUGACUUGUCUCGGGUGACACUGUAAGGGGGAGUACUCAGAGUAGUUGGAACAUGCAGACUCAGUUGUAUAAUUUUUUUUUCUUUAAACAGUGUUUUCUAGGAUACAGGAUAAAGUAUCAUAUCUUAGGGGAGAAAUUUAUGACUGAAUUUUUUUUUUCCCCCCAGUCCAACAUGGGUUGUAUGUAUUUUUUUGUUUGUCUAUUUUUUGCUCUUUUUCUUUUUUUGGUAGAAAAAAAUAAACACUUAAUAAAAUGUAUCCAAAUGUUUAAAUUCCAUGUAUGAUA